UUGGAGCAGACGAAGUGUGGGCCUCGAGCAGACGACCGCCAGGAUCAGAUGAUCAGUUCGCUUUGGAUGAGUUUGGUGUGAAAUACAGAGCGUUCAAAGUACAUGUGAGGACGCGUCGCUGUUUCAGAGGAUAAAUCAUUGCAAGUGGAAAAUGGUGUCUGGAGUUCACGUUCUGAGAGCGACGCAGCGUGCCGGCCGGGCGUAUCAGGUGGCCAAGUGUCUAACCAACAACUCCACAUCGAGACUCAGCACUAGAGACUGGGAUUUGUGCCACAGGCGCUUAUUCAGCUCGUCAGAAACUCUCCUGGGACGCAAGUACACGGAUAAACAUGAGUGGAUUCAGAUGGAUGGGAAAAUUGGUACCGUUGGAAUCUCACAUUACGCUCAGGAUGCCUUAGGUGAUGUUGUUUAUGCUCAGCUCCCAGAUGUUGGACAGGAUGUUACACAGAAAGAGGAAUGUGGUGCAUUAGAAAGUGUUAAAGCUGCCUCCGAACUAUACAGUCCUGUAUCAGGAAAAGUGGUAGAAAAAAAUGCAGCAGUCGAAGAGAAACCUGGUCUUAUUAACAUGUCUUGUUAUGAAAAAGGUUGGUUAUUUAAAGUAGAACUGAGUAAACCAGGAGAAGUCGAUGAGUUAAUGGAUGAAGACCAGUAUCAACAGUUUCUUAAGAGUAACGAUUAACUGAAAUAGUACUACAUAUUUUCAAACACCUUUGACAAAACAGCAUGCCUGUGUCUGUGUAAGGUAAAUGUAAAUGUACCCUUUGCAAAGAAUGUAUUGCCCCUCAUACAGUUGAAUGAUGUUCAUUGUUAUAUGGACCCUAGGUAGGGCUCAAGCUUUUACUAGAGAGGAUAAGGAUGAGAAAAAGAAGUGGAUGCAAGGUCUGUUCUGUAAAAAUUCUCUUUAAGCUAGUCAUAUUAUUUAAAAUAUAUAUAUUCAAUUGUACAGAAAUGAAUUUUAAUAAUUACAGAAUUUUAAUAACA